AUGAUUUUUGAUGGGCAUUUAUUGCAAUAUUCGGAUUUUCAGCCGCGUUUGUUAGAGAUUCCGUUUUCUUCUCAGGAUAAGAAGGGAUGGAAAAACGAUAUCGUGAAAUCCGAAAUGACCAAUUCGGACAUCCAAGUUAAUCAAAACACGUUCGCUUAUUUGGCGAUUCAAUUAAAUCGUACGCUCGUUUUAACCAAUGUGGGACAAUCACAACUUGAUUCGUGUAAGAAAUUUCCUUUUGAAUUUUAUUAUAAUGUCGAGUAUUUGCGAAAGAAAUUUCAUAGGCUAUCAAUCAUCUCACAAGAGCACUUUGAAAAUUGGACGAGAGAAAAGUUCAAGAAACCGAAUUUUCAUUACUUACAUUUCACAUCAUCAUCGUCCUCUGUUGAUGAAGGUCAUAACAUAGAAAAUAUGAAAUUAAAUUAUCGAUCGGUUAAACGUACCAAUUGCCUUGAAAACUUUAAAAUGAACUUUAAUAGUAACUUUACGUCAUUCGAAAAAAUCAUCUUUAAAUCGGGAUUAUUAUUAAACUCGUUUAAUGGUAAAAAACUUUUAAAAUCUUUAAUUAAAAAAUUAGAAGGAUCCAAUUCGGAAAUCUUAUUAAUCAAUAAUGAUAUUCAACGAGAAACCUUUCACCCCAUUACUAUAAAGUACUCAUAUUCACAACAUAUUUAUCAAGAAGUUUGGAAAAUUAAAAUGGCUUUAAAAUCUUUUAUAGCCAUCUCUUGGAAUAUGAUUGACAUAAAAGAUUCGACCAUUUUAUCGGAUUGUGCUGAAAAGCUAGUCUACGCCUUAAAAGAUUUAAGGGAAAAUUAUAAUUUAAAUAAUGUAUAUUUAUCGACAGAUUAUCCGAUCUCAUCGGAUUUUGCAUCGUUUCGUCAUAUAACCAAGGAUCAUCGUCGAGCAAUUAACUUAAUAAAUUCGACAGUCAACAUGAAUACAUGGCACUCCUUUGAUGCUUUCAAUGCAAUCAGACAAGAGAAAGGAAACCAUGAAGAAUUUAAAGGAACGGGAAUCGUGAAUAUAUUAGAUAAAUUAGUUUGUAUAGAAGCGGAUUACUUCAUUACCGCUCCUUCAGAAUGUUCUUCAAAAUCUACAAAUGAUUUUAUAAAAGAGAUUAUUAGCACAAGGCGAGCAUUAUAUGAUGAUGAUAAUCAAAGAACUGAAAAUAUAAUAUCAAGAUGGUAG